AUGACAGAAGAAGUAGGCGUCACUGAGUUGCAGGAAGCUUUCAGUCUUUCAGACUGCAGUAUCAGUGAAGAAGGUUAUAAAGCUCUGGCUUCAGCUCUGAGAUCAAACCCUUCACACCUGAUAGAGCUGGAUCUCAGAGGAAAUGAUCCUGGACAAUCAGGAGUGAAGGAGCUCACUGAUUUACUACAGGAUCCACACUGUACACUGAAGACACUGAGGUUUUUGAGUCCUGCAGCAGAAGAAGUCUUUCAGUUUGUGACUGGAAUUGUGGGUAAAAACCCGUUACUCCUGAAAGAACUGAAUCUGAGUAAUCAUGAAUUAGGAGACACACAAGUGAAUCAACUCUCGGUUCUGCUGAAAGAUAAACACUGUACAAUCAACACACUUCAGCUGUUUAAUAGCAAGAUUACAGCAGAAGGUUGUGCUUCUUUGACUUCAGCAUUUAAUUCAAAUCCUUCACACCUGAUAGAGCUCAAUCUGAGUGAAAAUAAACUAGAAGACUCUGGAGUAGUGAAAAUCUGCCCUCUGCUGAAAAAUACACAGUGCAGACUGGAGAAACUGAGUCUUUCAGACUGCAGUAUCUGUGAAGAAGGUUAUAAAGCUCUGGCUUCAGCUCUGAGAUCAAACCCUUCACACCUGAUAGAGCUGGAUCUAAGAGGAAAUGAUCCUGGACAAUCAGGAGUGAAGGAGCUCACUGAUUUACCACAGGAUCCACACUGUACACUGAAGACACUGAGGUUUUUGAGUCCUGAUGAUGAUAAAGUCUGUCAAUUUGUGACAGGAAUUGUGGGUGAAAACCCGUUACUCCUGAAAGAACUGAAUCUGAGUAAUCGUGAACUAGGAGACACACAAGUGAAUCAACUCUCUACUCUACUGCAGGAUAAACAUUGUAGAGUCAACACAUUCAUGCUGAAUAAUAACAGGAUUACAGCUGAAGGUUGUACUGUCUUGACUUCAGCAUUUAAUUUAAACCCUUCACACCUGAUAGAGCUCAAUCUGAGUGGAAAUAAUCUAGGAGACUCAGGAGUAGAGAAGAUCUGUCCUCUGCUGAAAAAUACACAAUGCCGAUUAGAGAAACUGAGUCUUUCAGACUGCAGAAUCACUGAAGAAGGUUAUAAAGCUCUGGCUUCAGCUCUGAGAUCAAACCCUUCACACCUGAUAGAGCUGGAUCUCAGAGGAAAUGAUCCUGGACAAUCAGGAGUGAAGGAGCUCACUGAGUUACUGAAGAGUAGAAGCUGUAAAUUCAGGUAA